AUGGCUGAGACCCAGAAGACUCCCCGCCAGCCGAACGGCCGCCGUCUCUACGUCCGCGCCAUCUUCAGCGGCUUCAAGCGAGGACAGCGAAACCAGCAAGUCAACACUGCCCUCUUGAAAUUGGAAGAUGUUCACGACCAGAAGGAAGCCCAGUUCUACGUCGGAAAGCGCGCCGUCUACGUGUACAAGGCGCACAAGAAGAUCGCGAAGGGAGGCCACGAGAAGACCCGCGUCCGCGCCAUCUGGGGCCGCGUCACCCGAGUACAUGGAAACACCGGCUCCGUGCGCGCCAAGUUCCGCCACAACCUUCCCCCAGCCGCCAUGGGCAAGAGAAUCCGUGUGAUGCUCUACCCAAGCAACAUCUAA